UUCCCGCUCCUCGGAUGCUGCCUGACCUGUUGAUUUUUAACUCCAACACCAGCACCUAACGGCACUCAAGUACACCUCCAACCAUCUCUCUCUCUAAUGAUUCAGCUUUUGUUUGUAUUUUUAGAGAGAAACAAGAGUUAACGUUUCGAGUCCGAUAAUGACUUCUUCAGAACUUAUAACUGUAAAUAAGGGCCGCAACCGCGAGAGCAGAUGGAAACUCGAUAACACGUCAUAUGCACGUUGCGACGGCCAAUGGGACGCAGUGGGACGUCAGCGAAAGGUGGAGGCAGCCGGAAGAAAGAUCGGCGGUGAGGAAGGAGAUAUCUGCUUCAUACCGCGGAACUGAGGACAACUAUCGGCGAAGCGGGCUGCUUUAGGGCCACCAACGGGAUUGGAUACACGAUCAGAACGCGGCGACUGCGAAUUCGAUACAAACUUGUCUCAACGUUCGAUUCGAACACAGGGCAACAUUCGAGCUCAGUGCGCAAGCGCCUAUCUCCCGGACCACGCUCGAACCACUGCCCAUUGAUUGGGCCGGCUCAUCGGAAGAUCGCUGAAGGCAGCCCGCGGGUUGGUGGCUUUCGCGUGGAUUGAUGUUGCGGGCGGCUCUUGUUGCUCAUGUGCGGCAGAUCGGCGGCUUGUUGUCACAGCGAGCACCUCAGGACCGAGCAUUUGUGGUUCUGCGCUCGCGCUUCGGGUACGUUGGAAAUAGGAAUACAGCAACAAUGCCAGAAAUAAACAUAGACAAUCUGGAUGAAAAGCAGGUCCAGCUAUUGGCAGAAAUGUGCAUCCUGAUUGAUGAGAAUGAUAAAAGAAUUGGAGCAGACACAAAGAAAAAUUGUCAUCUUAACCAGAACAUAAAUAAAGGAUUACUCCACAGAGCUUUCAGUGUCUUCAUCUUCAACAGUGAGGGGAAACUUUUGUUGCAACAGAGGUCUGAUGCAAAGAUCACAUUCCCAGGUUGUUUUACAAACACUUGCUGCAGUCACCCUCUUAACACCGCAACAGAAACAGAGGAGAAAGAUGCUCUUGGUGUAAGGCAAGCAGCCCAACGCAGGUUAAAGGAAGAGUUUGGAAUACCUCCUCAACAGGUUCCUCUGGAAGAGAUGAACUAUCUUACACGUAUUCACUACAAGGCUCAGUCUGAUGGAAUCUGGGGAGAACAUGAAAUUGAUUAUAUAAUCUUCAUACAGAAGAAUGUAACUUUAAAACCUGACCCCAAUGAGAUACAGAGUUACUGCUAUGUGACUAAAGAUGAACUCCAGAACCUGUUGGAAAAGGCAGAAAGCAACAAAGUGAAAAUUACACCUUGGUUUAAACUCAUUGCUGAGAAGUUUCUAUUCACAUGGUGGGACAAUCUACAUAAUCUGAAGCAGUUCAUCAAUCAUGAGAAAAUUCAUCGAAUGUAGAAUACUUUUGACUUCCUGCAUGCAAAACUGUUAAAGAACUAAUUUUAUGCACAUUAUAACACAAUAUUAUGCACAUACAUUGCAAGCAGUGCAAAAUGUUAAUAAAAUAAAAUUGAGAAUGAAUUCUCGUGAGAAACACAACUUAAAA